GCACAGCUUGGGGACGGGAGGGAAAGAGCUACAGGGCCAGCCAUUCAGCUCCUAGAAUCGUGCCUUUCCCCCAUCUCAACAAAAAAAGGAGAGUAGGUGGGCCUGGAGCUAGCGAUUAUUCUUUAUCAAACGCGUUUGAGAGGAGGAAGGCAGAGCUGAGCAAGACUACCUGCUAAGAGAAAGCUUUUUCUUCCCAGCUUCCAAAGCUCUGCCUUUGAUGUAUGGCAACAGAUCACUGAUCAGAUUACAGGCAUUUGGUCUCACUACUCGUCUGCCUUUGAUCUGCGUGCUUAAUUUUAUUUUCCUGGAUUUGGAGUUUGCCUGGGCUUGUGCUGACAUACUUUUUUUAAAAAAGGGGGGGAGAUGAAGGCAUUUAAUACAGAAGCUCUGGCAUAGUGAGAUUCAGUUUCAGAAAGGGUGGCUAUUGGAUAAACAUCAGCACACAUCAGAUUUAGUUCUUUGUUAAGGAAAAGCAUUCAGUAAUGGGCACAAAAAGUUUACAAAUGCAAUAUACCAUAUGGAAGCUGCUGAUACUUCUGACAUGUUUUUCAAAGACUAUAAUAUGUGAAACGGGAGACUGCAGAGAGCAAGAGUUCAGAGAUCAUGAUGGAAACUGUGUGCUGUGCAAACAGUGCGGACCUGGAAUGGAACUGUCUAAGGAAUGCGGUUUUGGAUAUGGGGAUGAUGCCCAAUGCAUGACAUGCAGGCCAAAUAGAUUCAAGGAGGAUUGGGGAUAUCAGAAAUGCAAAAUGUGUUUGGACUGUGCUGUAAUAAAUCGAUUUCAGAAGGCCAAUUGUUCUGCUACCAGCAAUGCUGUUUGUGGAGAUUGCUUACCAGGAUUCUACAGGAAGACAAAGCUUGGAGGAUUUCAAGAUAUGGAGUGUGUCCCUUGUGGAGACCCACCUCCUCCUUAUGAACCUCACUGCACUACAAAAGUGAAUCUGAUAAAAAUCCCGUCAACUGCUUCCAGUCCACGAGACACUGCUCUGGCUGCUGUGAUCUGCAGUGCACUGGCAACUGUACUCUUAGCCCUUCUCAUCCUGUGUGUGAUCUAUUGCAAAAGACAAUUUAUGGAAAAGAAGCCAAACUGGUCUGUGAGAUCACAGGACAUUCACUAUGAAGGGUCUGAAUUGUCAUGUUUCGACAGACCACAACUUAAUGUAUAUCCUCACAGAGCAUGCUGCCAGUGCCAACGGGACCCAUCACACUUGUGUGGCCCCGUGCAUCUGAUUCCAUCGCUGUGCUGUGAUGAGACUUGCAGCCUGGAACACAGCUGUCAUAGCUGCCCUUUUCACUCUCAUACUACGCUUCAUGAAAGGAAUUCAAAUUCUGUUGGCGAAAUGAUCCCAGCAUUCCUUGGUUCCCUUUCACACUCUACCUGUGGAGAUCUUUCCGAUGCCUGGCCCCUUAUCCAAAAGCCAGCAUGGUGUGAUAGCAUCUCUUUCUGUGAAUCAUAUCCUGAAUUAACAGGAGAAGAUGAAAAUUCUUUCAGCCUAGAGACUGAGAAAAACGUCAUUAUGGAUUCAAAUAAUGAUCAGGAUCUAAAUCUGUUCAUGUCUACGAAGUUUCAUUGUAGAAGCUCGGCAGAGUCAGUUGAACUUCCCCCCAAAACUUAUUGUAUUACUGAUUCAUUAAAUCAGUCAUUGGCUCCUGAACCAUUGUCAGCAACACAACAGGACGGAGCAGUUAACAAUUCCAGAAAUUGAUGGCCAGGAAUCUAAAGGACCUUUCCUGUCAGCCCUCAGACUGAAUGCUUCCCAUCCCUACAUGCCUUUCUUCUAAUGCUCAUGAAGGAAUGUGGCCCGGAUGUCAAAGUUACAAGGUUUCAGAAGCAGCUGAAAUACACUGGCAUCAUUGAGACACAGCAGCUGUGCGCCAAAACCUUCAAGGAGCAGCUUGGUAAAAGACCAAAGGCAGAUUCAUGCUACUGCGUCUCCUUUCUAAACAGCAAGCUUCUGUGCCUCAUCAACGCACAAGAAAAGCUUGGCGGACUGAUCUCUCAGCUAAGGAGAUUAUGGAAAUAUACCAAGCAUUUUUAUCUGCCUAUGGUUACGGACAAGAGCAGCUGUGUUAUGGGUUUUCACAUUAUUCUGUUAGUAAAGAAAACAUUUAAUAGGAUUUCUGGGCAAGCUAUACUGUUAUGUCAACGUAGUAUAUGCCAAAAAUCAAAUACAAGUUUGUGGGGGGAUUUGUAUAUUUUCUUACACUUUAACUAUUGUUGUGACCUUGGGUGAUAAUUGAUCCAGACAGUUGCAGUAUAUUGUACAGAAAUGUUUGUGUAGGAAAAUCUUGCUGUGAAAAAAAAACUGUACGCACUGAUUCUUACCUAGCUGCUUAGUGUAGCAACAUUUUUUUCAUUAAUAUUUAGCAUUUGUGAAAUACCGCGCCUCCCCCCCCACACACACACUGAUAUUCUAGGGGCACUUUUUAAAAGUUUGAAACGAACACAUGAGAUUUAAAUUAGAAUUAUAAAAUGUCUUUCUGAUAGCCAGUUUGAACUUGAUAUAUUUUAUAUUUCAAAAGGACAGAAUUUACUAGAAACCAAAAAUAAUUCAAAGUCUUUCACAUCAAUGUACUGUAGAUGCUCGAUAGCAUGAAAGUGUUCAUACAUGCAGAAACCAUAGUACUGAUAACACUACUUUGAAGCUGAAACGCAGAGUAACCUUUGUCUCUCCAGUGUUGUAAUAUAAGGCUUUUGGCUACGGUAAGGACACAGAAGGUUCAUUUUCGUUGACCAUCAAUUAGAUUCCAGGAUUGAGGCAGAUAAUUUAGAAGGAAAUAAACAUCCUCAAAGAUCAAUAGGUAUUCUAAUCCAAAAAUAAUGAGCAAUAACUUCCUCCCCCAAAGGUCAAAUAAUGACCCUGUGGGCUGCAGUGUCUAGCCACACAUAUUCUUUCUUCCCCCAAAGUGUGGGAUAAGGAAUACCCAGGAUGAUGUUUGGGUGGGUAAGAAGAUGCCCUGUUAGUUCUGUAGAGGCUGGAAGAUCAGGAGAGACCCCUUCUCCCCAGGUCUUGAGACAAGCAGAACCAAACCUUCUCUCCCGUUCUUUCACUCAUUCUGUCCUUUUGCACACAUUCUCCUUGUUGUUCACUAUGUAGCAUGUGAUUUAUUCCCAGUGUCCAGCUAAGCAAAACAAAGCCAUUGUCUAGAUGCUGCAAAGUGUGGAGAACCUUGCCCUCAGGUCACAGCUGCUGGGCCUUUCCUAGCUCAAACUGUUGGCAGAGUGUUUGAUCUGUUUCCACGUGCUCUGUUACUCUUGUUUCCAUUUGUUGCCCCUUUUCCUACCUUGCUGGCUGUUCAGUCACCAACAACAACCAAUCUCCACCCUAGAUUCUCUGUUAAUUGACUUGUCCCUCAGUGUUUUUAGUUCUCGCAGCUUCUGCAACUAUUCCCAGAGUCCGUUGCCUGAGGGCAGUGGUGUCUUGAACCAAGUUAUAACGCUGGCGUGUCUGAGUUUUCAGAAUUCUUCUGCACUCAAACUAAUUUUUUGGCAGAUCUCUCAGCCUGGAAUUUCAUAUGAAGCCCCUGAUCAACUGUCUUUAUUCAGAGAAAAUAUUUUAUCCAAAGAUCCUAUCAAAUACUGGUAAGUUAAACUAAUAUGAAAAAGUUAACAGCUAAAUUAGCAACUUGAUUAGCAGUAAAGUCAAAGGAUGCCAUCAACCAAUAAGUUGCACUGUAUAAGUUCCAUUGAAAUGAAUAGGAGCUGCACCUACAAUAGUAUUGCUGUGUUAACUGCCAUUUAUUUCAGAGGAGCUUUUAAAGGAGAAUUGCUCAUGGAUUGUGGCCAAACCACUGAACUUUCAACUGACUUUAGUACCAUUAAACACAACACGAUAUUUAAUUAAGAACAUAAGAGUUGUCUUGCUAGAUGAGGCCCAGAUCCAUCUAGUUCAUUUUCUGUUUUCUGCAUCAGCCAAGCAGAUUUCUUAACUCAGCUGUUCAUUGAGCUGCUUAUAAUGUAUGAUGACUUUGAGUGUAUUAGAGUUAGAAAAGUUGCAAUACUAUGCACAUUUAUGUGAAAGUGAGUCCCAUUGAGCUCACUGGGAUUCACUUCUAAGUAAAUAUGCAUAUGAUCAGAUCGUUACUUUAGAAAACUGUUACAUAAUUCCUUUUGUUUUCGUACAUUAGACAAAUGUAGCAAAUAAUGUGUACACUUUUUGCAUUAAGAACUAGUUGCGUAAACUUUGUUAAUACAAAAAGAACUCAUGUGCAUUUCAGUGUUUUUGUAAAACAUUUGAUUAAAAAUGUCUAGAUAUUACUGUUUAUCAGGGCUUUUUUUCAGCUGGAAUGUGGUGGAACGGAGUUCCGGAACCUCUUGAAAAUGGUUACAUGGCUGGUGGCCCCGCCCCUGAUCUCCAGACAGAGGGGAGUUUAGAUUGCCCUCUGCGCUGAUCAGGGGGCGGGGCCACCAGCCAUGUGACCAUUUUCUCUGAGGGCAACCCACUGAGUUCCACCAUCUCUUUUCCCAGAAAAAAAGCCCUGCUGUUUAUCUUUGAAAACUGCUUUGAAAUAGAUUGUGGUUACAUACUGAGAAACAAGUUUCUCAUUGGAAUUUAUAUGAUCGGUGUUCUUCACCAGCUAUAUACCAAGAGCAAAAAUUUAAACUGCAAUAGGAUGUUAAAAUAUGUAUAUAGUGUAAAUACAGUUUUUAAAAUGUUUGAUUUAACCAAACUGGCCUUGAUUAUGGUGCCUAUGGUAAACCGCAUUAGAUAAGCCAGUAGAAAAUACAGAUUUUUUUAAGACUGCUUACAAACAAGAGUUUUUCCAAUAUUAUUUUAUAUAAAGAAAUUCAAGGUGGGAGGGGAGACCUGUAAAUUACAAUUGGGUGCGUACAUUUUUAUACGUUUUUCUCUUUGUUAAUAAACAGCCAUUGGAAUAUCA